AGUUCUCGUUCCGAGAUGGGUUGCUACGGCGUUCUCUACAGACUCCUGUAGUCCGACCCCGCCCUGCAGGAGUGACGAGCGGCCUGGCCAGUGGGAGUAGCGCCUGGGCGCAAGAGGGCGGGCUCUCUGCGGAAGGACUUGAAGGCAGCGGUGGCGAAGGCGCAGGCCGUUGGGGCAGUUCAGAGGCAGGUAACUAUGAAAGGCUUAUAUUUUCAACAGAACUCUACAAAUGAAGAAAUGACAUUUCUGUUUCAAGAAAGGGAAAAUCUUCCUCUUACAGAGGAUAACUUUGUGAAACUUCAAGUUAAAGCUUGUGCUCUGAGCCAGAUAAAUACAAAGCUUCUGACAGAAAUGAAGAUGAAGAAGGAUUUCUUUCCUGUUGGGAGAGAAAUUGCUGGAACUGUGUUAGAUGUUGGAAACAAGGUAUCAUUCUUUCAACCAGAUGAUGAAGUAGUUGGGAUUUUACCUCUGGAUUCUGAAGACCCUGGACUUUGUGAGAUUGUUAGAGUACACGAGCAUUACUUGGUUCAUAAACCAGAAAAGGUUACAUGGACAGAAGCAGCUGGAACCAUUCGGGAUGGAGUACGAGCCUAUACAGCUCUGCAUUAUCUUUCUCAUCUCUCUCCUGGAAAAUCAGUGCUGAUAAUGGAUGGAGCAAGUGCAUUUGGUACAAUAGCUAUUCAGUUAGCACACCAUAGAGGAGCCAAAGUGAUUUCGACAGCAUGCAGCCUUGAAGACAAGCAAUGCCUUGAAAGACUUCGGCCUUCCAUAGCUCGAGUGAUUGAUGUCUCUAAUGGGAAAGUCCAUGUUGCUGAAAGCUGUUUAGAAGAAACAGGUGGCCUAGGAGUGGAUAUUGUCCUAGAUGCUGGAGUGAGAUUAUAUAAUAAAGAUGAUGAGCCAGCUGUAAAAUUACAACUACUACCACAUAAACAUGACAUCAUUACACUUCUUGGUGUUGGAGGCCAUUGGGUAACAACAGAAGAAAACCUUCAGUUGGAUCCUCCAGAUAGCCAUUGCCUUUUCCUCAAGGGAGCAACAGUGGCUUUCCUUAAUGAUGAAGUUUGGAAUCUGUCAAAUGUACAACAGGGAAAAUAUCUUUGUAUCUUAAAAGAUGUGAUGGAGAAGCUCUCGACUGGUAUUUUUAGACCUCAGUUGGAUGAACCAAUUCCACUAUAUGAGGCAAAAGUUUCCAUGGAAGUUGUUCAGAAAAAUCAAGGAAGAAAAAAGCAAGUUGUUCAGUUUUAAUUUCUUUCUCAGACCUCAGUUGGAUAAACCCAUCCCAGUAUUUGAAGCCAGCAUUUUCCUUGGAAAUCAUAGAAAGAAAUCAAGGAAGAUAAAAGCAAGUUCUAUUUUUAAGCAUGUUAUCCUGUUGUCUAAGUCAAGAUGCUCAGUUAUUUGACACAUUUGAAAAGUCAUUGUGCAAAUGAUCAAGAUGAUUCUAUAAUUGACAUCUGAAAGGAAUAUUCUGAAAACAAUUUUAUUGUUUCUUUACAUUUUGCCUCUGCUUUAAAAUUCUUCCCAUUGCUGUUUUCAGCAAAAGCCACACUACUCUAUCGAUAAAGCUGUUACAGGUCUAUACUAAACUAUCAAAUAACGUUACUUUGUAUCAACUUCGUUCUCAAUACCUUCGUUCCUUCCUUAACAAGCCUUUCCUGUCUUAAUUUAAGUAUUUGAAUAUGCUUUCAAGUCUAUUCUAGCCUACAGGCAAUUA